AUGGAUCUGACAUCAAAGCUAAGCGACCUGCCUGCUAUUCAACUCCCGGACUUUCACCUCCCGGAUUUGCAGCGACUCAAGCAACAGCUCCACAAACACACCCCUUCCUUCUCCCUCAAAUCCCUCCAGCAUACCUUCAAUGUCCCAUCCUACACAUCCUUCCACUCCAAUAGCUCUUCGAAAUCAUCGUCGAGACUCUCACUCUCUUCUUGGUCCAGUCGACCCUCCACUUCUGCUUCACCCGUUGGGUCGACACCACCACAAACUCCAGGAACUAUUGAAAACACUGGUCACUCGAGUGCCAAGACACAGGAUGCAGGGAUCGGUUCAUUGUCUCCAAACCAGCAACUCCAGCAACAGCAACAAAAGCAAAUCACAUCCACGGCUGGAGCGAGCACUACAACAGCUCGGCAGCAGCCAAUCGCAGCUGAUGAGCCAGUGCGGGUCUCAUCGCCCAUCUCCAUCCCCACCCACCCCUCCAACUAUCUUAUCAAGAAAUCUAGCACCGCAGCCUUAUCUGGAACAAGCCUUGUCAUCGAUAACUCGUCCAGGAGCAACACAUUUUCCAUAUCAGCAACGAAUGCCGCAGGGGGAACAUCAACUAAAACACCUGCGGCCAGCAACAGCGCCACCAUUAGUGCAACUGCGGAAGCAGAUAUCCCUCCCUCAACAACCCUUCGGAUAACACCUUCGGCAUCGGGAACGUCGACACCUGUUACAGCAUCAGCAUCGACGUCCAAGUCUCCUGUUGGACAUCUCUUCCUACAGAUUGUCGAAGCACGCAACUUGACCUUGGUCAACCCAGCAGCAAUCUCUCGCCCUUACUGUCUAGUCGAGUAUGACCAGAACGAGCUCAUGACUCCGUCUGCGCUCUUGGAGGUCAACUCUAUGGGUCGCCGAGGAGGGAACGACAUCUUUGCUAGAGCCAUGGCUGCCAGCAGCCCCAAAUGGCGCCAAGACGCCGAAUUCGAUGUUGUCCGGCCGAACCAACAAAUUGCAAUCACAAUCUAUGAUUCGGGAGCAGCAGAUGAGGAUCAGGAUCCUGGAAAGCGGUUCUUGGGCCAGGUCAAGCUGAAGCCAUCGGAGAUUCACAACCGGAUGAUUGAUUCUUGGUUUCGCUUACAGGGACGUGAUGGCGAGGACGCGGGCGAACAAGGAGUGACAGGGGAGAUUAGAGUGACGAUCAAGUAUCAAGCCAUCGAGUCCCGUCACUUGUCAACAUCGGAUUUCGACAUUCUGCGAGUGCUGGGCGUGGGAUCGUUCGGGAAGGUGUACCAGGUCAGGAAGAAGGACACAGGACGCAUCUACGCAAUGAAGGUGCUCGUCAAGAAGCAGGUCAUCGAGCAAAAACAGGUCGAACACACCAUUGCAGAGCGCAACGUCCUCGUCCAAGCUCUCCAGUCUCCCUUCAUUGUCGGCCUCAAGUUCUCCUUCCAGACUCUCACCAAACUCUACCUGGUCCAAGAUUUCAUGAACGGCGGAGAACUCUUCUUCCACAUGCAGAACGAAGGCACCUUUUCAGAACCCCGGGCUCGCUUCUAUGUCGCAGAGUUGGUCCUGGCAUUGGAGCACCUGCAUUCGUGCAAUGUUGUCUAUCGGGAUUUGAAGCCUGAGAAUAUUCUGCUGUCGAGUCAGGGGCAUAUUGUCCUUGUGGAUUUCGGACUGUGUAAGCAGAAUGUUACGGAGGAUGAGCGGACGCACACGUUUUGUGGGACCACCGAGUAUCUGGCGCCGGAGAUUGUCAAGGGUACGGGAUACGGAAAGGCGGUGGAUUGGUGGUCUUUGGGAGUGUUGAUGUACGAGAUGUUGGUCGGAGCGUCGCCCUUUGCGGAUAGCAGGACUGAGGGUACAUAUCACAAGAUUCUGCACCAGCCCGUCAUAUUCCCUUCGCGACUUGAACUUAAUUCAACAGGACACGGGCGUAAGAGCCGCCGAGCUCACAUUACAUCACCGGAUCCCGCAACUAUACAGGGCACUGGCGGAAGUAGCACGGGAAUCAGCACCAACGCUCAGGAUCUUAUCCAGAGGUUCUUGGACAAGAACCCCAAGACCCGCCUCGGUUCUGGACCCAGUGGUACCGAGGCGGUGGCGCAGAUCAAGGCGCACCCGUUCUUCAAAGGGAUCGAUUUUGACCGCCUCAAGACCCGCGAUGUCACCCCACCCUUCCAGCCCCACGUUGGAGUCAUGGGCGAUCUGGAUGUCUCGAACUUUGACGCCCAUUUCACGGACCAGACUGCGACUCUUGGAAUGAAGCAUCACAAUGGCAGCAAGUUUGGCAGCAGUAUCUCAUCGACUGGAUCUUCCACCUCGACGACACUGAUGGAUGGCGAGGCGGGUAGUUUCAUGUUGCAGCAGCAGCAGAGGGCUGCCAACCUGUACCGUCAACAGCAGAUGCGGGGGGACAAUACGACACUCAGCCCGAAUGUCAUUCGUGGACGACGGAGCAGCAAUAGUUGGAGUAGUUAUCGGACUCCCAGCAACGAUUCUCUGUUCACGUUGAGCGAGCCAGUUAGUCCCUCUCAGACUCGAACUGGUGGUGGCGGUGGGGGACAAGGUUUACAGCGAUCGAUCACAGCGCACAAGGCCAGGGCAUUACAACAACAGCAGCAACAGCAACAGUUACAAUCUCAGCAGCAGCGGCAUCAGGAAUACUUCAAGGGGUUCACGUUCGAAGGCGAGAGUAUCCUUGAGACCCUGAAGCGCCAAGAAGACGAGCAGAUGACGAUGAUGCAGCAGCAGCAGUCGACGAUGAGAGGCGUUGCGGGUAUUGAGGAUGACGAGGAGGAAAAGAUGGUGGAUGGAACCCGAAUUGGGAUCCAUGGUCUGAGUAGGGGUGGAAUGAGGCCGCCGAACCAGUUGUUCUCGGGCGAGGCUGGAAGUGUCGAUUCGAUCUUUGGCAGCAUGUAA